UGUGAAUUCGCCUUGCAUAUGACCACCUUAUGUCUAUCGCCUUGAUUAUCUUCAUUGGUUUUGUGUACAAAACUGCAGAAUGUUUAUGUUUUAUUUUCAAUAAAAAUGAUUAAAAUUGUUGCUCUUAAUGAUGAAGGUGAGGACGAAUCUACUGAGGAAGAAGAACACGUAGCUACUCGGGAAGCUCAGGAAACAAUUGCUGAGAAUGAAUAUAUUCGCGCUAUUAAAUUAAAAUCUGAGGGACACAUCGAUUUAUGUUUAGACUUGCUUAAAGAAUUACUCCAAACCCAAGUAUUAAAUGAGAACAUAAAAAGUAACCGAAGCGACAAACUUUGGACUAUUAAGUACAAUUGUCAUAAGAACAUUGCUUUAAUAUUGGAAGAGCGUUUUCAGUACAUGUUUGCGCUUCAGCAUUAUAUAUAUGCAAUCUUAAUUGACAGUACAGACGUUUCCACAUUACACAAAUUUGGCCAGUUAGCAUUAAAAUUGAAUGCAACCGAUUUAGCUGAAUAUGCAUUUGAAAAUUGUUUGGGACGGAAUUCGGCUCAUUGGAGUGCUGCGGAAGGAAUGCUUCAGGUGAUGAAUAUCAAUCAUAACAUAAUGGGUUCAUAUAAUUGGGCCACAAAAAUAUUUCAACAAGAUAUAAAUUGUGAUAAUGUGGAAGGAACUUUAAAAGAAAUUACAAUGUUAUUUAAAGAACAUUUAACAUUUUUGAAGAAAUGUGGUGGAGACCAGUUCAUUCCUUUAUUUAAAAAUCAAUUACAAAAUUCAAUUGCGUUUGCAAACCUGUUUAAUGCAAAUCAAUCUUUAGAACCAAAUGAAAAUAAUAUCUUUUAUCAAAUACCCGAUCUGAGGCAAUUUUAUAUUAAAAAAUUGAAUUGGCACAAUAUAGGCCAAUUUAUUGUUCGUGUUCACUCCUACCUAAAGGAAAUUAGAUACGAAGUGCCAUUCGUGUUUAAUUUCAACGAUGUAAUUAUAAAAGGUAAUGUUGAUUUAAAUGACAUUACAAAAGAUAUGACGGAUACAACAAUUACCUAUGGGGAUAAAAUAAAAAUGGUUGCUGGAGAACAAAAAAAUAUUAAUACGAUUGAUGAAGUAAUAACUGAUCAGUCAAAAAUUUCUAUAGCUGAAAAAUCGGAUACCCAGCCUAUUGAUUUCAACAAUUAUGACUCAGAUUCAAAUGCUAAGUCAGAUAUAUGUGAAAAUAAUAAAGCAAAAUCAAGGCGUCGUUGCAGUGACUUACAUUUUCUUGAACAGUGGGGUUGGCAUAAAAAUCGUAGAUAUUCAUCUCGCAAAAAAACUGAACGUGAUGAAGUAGAUUUAAGCCUAAAUGGAUACUUGCGAAAAAUGUUGAUAAAAUAUACAAACACGCCAAUUGAAGACAAAUGGCCAUUUAGCGAUAUUUCGGAAAAUGGGAACCAAUUUAAUAUCGAAUGUAAGGAAUGUAAAACGCAUUUGUCUGAGGAUUCGUUUAAUUUAGCUACAAAUGAGGAAUUCAAAAAUUUCACUAUAAAAGUUAAGGAAAGGAGUAUAGACGUAAUUGAACUGACUUUUAAAUGGUUGAAAUAUAUAUCAUUUGCUUCGUUUAUUCCUAUACCGGAUGAGCUAAAAAUGCUUUAUAUCGACAUUUUCGAAAUAUACAUGUUACAUUUCAGUUUAUCUACAUGGAAUCAAUUAACACCUACAAAUUAUGAAGCUUCUUAUCGGAUGUGUAUUCUUUAUUUGGAAUUAAGAAUGGAAAAUCAUUUAAGUGGUAACAGUGAUAUAUGGCAUACUGUGUUUCAUCACCUACUUUGCAACAUUGGGAGCUGUCAUAUAAUUUCUAAAAAAAAUAUUGAUACUUAUCGCCUAAAACUUAUUUACCUGGAAUAUUUAAUGCUUAAUAGAGAUCAUUGUAAUAAGGAAUGCCUAUCGUGUUUGCAGCAACUGUGUGAUAUUUUAGAACGAAAAGAUAAUUCUUAUAUAUUACAUUUACCAAAUUUGAGAAAAACUUGUAUAAAUAUAAAUUAUAUUAAAAACCUCCAGUUAAAGUAUAAACGACAAAUGGAUGUUACCAAUAUACCAAAAUUGUAUGAAGAGGGAUCGUGGGAUAAAUUGGCAAAUAUCAUUAUAGUUAAUAUUGAAUCCAGUGGAAAUGAGUACAACAAUGAAGGUUGGUUAAAGGAUUUUUGCGUACAAAUAGAAAUUCUUUUGCAAUCAUUUUGGAUUAUGGAAUCUUAUGAGAAUUGCUUGAUAUGGUCCGAAAAAUGUUUUCAUUUUGCGGUCUCACACUAUUUGCAAGAAUCUAAAUCAUCGUACCGCUGUUCCCUAUUGGCACAAUUAAUAAACUUUAUUACAUCGUAUAUGGAAGCAAUUAUUUUAAAUGAAGGAUUUCACAUUGUUGUUGCCUUAAGCAAGGAAAAUUUGUCUCGAAUGGUUCAAGAUGUAAUACGAAUUUUGGUUUAUCAAUUUGAUGGAACAUUCGAUAAAAAUAGUAAUCAUGGCCACGAAAUAAAUUUUAAGAGGUCAUGGGUUAUUUUGCACCGUCUUAUUUUAAGAGAGGAAAAUGAUAGCCCUAAUACACUCAACGCUAAAACUGAUGACAUACAAGACGUAAAUGAGUUAAUUCCAAAAUCAUUUUUAAUUUUAUUUACUGCUCAUGAAUACUUGGGAAAGCGCCAGUGGUGUACUAACGACAAUGGAGAAUUUCUACAAUACAUAUUAGAUGCUGUUGUGCUUAAUUUAAAAGCUCCCGUUUAUGAUGUUUGUCGAGAUGUCAUAUACGAAUAUCUUGAACAGGUUACAUAUUGCUUGUUUAAAUAUCCUCAAAAAAAGGCACGUUUAAGACAUUUAGAGGAUCAUGAGGCUACUCAAAUCAAACUAUGUUGGCCAAAGGCAAUACAAGUUUUUGACUUAUAUCGACCAGAAGAUCUCCCCGAAUUUAACUCAUACAAGUUAGAAUCAAUAUCAUCGGAUAUGGAGCAACUUUUAUUAAAAAUUGUAUCACUGAUGCCAAAGGAGCUUGAUCCUUCAAAGUCAAUACAUUAUGUAACAAUGUUUAUUGAAGGACGUUGUGAAUCACCAACUUUGGAUGCAAAUGCUUUUAAGUUGCCAUAUAAAGUCUUAAGCUUAUAUUAUUUGCUGGCAGAUUUUUAUUUCAAAAACAGAGAUUUCAUAAAGGCAAUUAAAUUUUACACUCUUGAUUUGGCAGUUAAUCCUACCAGGUUUGACUCAUGGGCUGGCAUGGCUUUGUCUAAAGCAAGUAAAAUAGAAACAAAACUGAAUGGACUGGAUCCUAUAAGCAUGCAAAAUAUUUGGGAAGAGUGUGAGGAAGUUUUGCGUUGUUUCGAAUGCUGCAUCAAUUUAAACCGAUUUCAAACCCUUUUAUGGAUUGAGUAUGGAUCAUUCAGUUAUACAAUUCAUUCAUGUUUCUCCCGGUAUCUUAAAUGCAAUUCAAAAACUGAUGAAACGUAAGUA